GAAUAUCCAUCGAACUGAUUAAUGUUCACUUCAAAUGUAACAAGGCAAAAGCAGAAGCAACGAUGCUUUUCCAAUGUUUGAAGUAUUACCAGGAUCUUAAUAAACUUGGAGCAAACCUCAUUGUGCUUGGAGAUUUUAAUCUACCUGCUGAUGAUGAAGUAUUUACUGACAUUUGGAAAAGUGAAUUCACAAAUUGUAUUCUAGCUUUUCAUCCAACUAAUAUCAGUAUCAAUAAGCCUCACGGAGACUAUAAUCGUGACAACAUCUGGAUACGAAAACAAAAUCGUCUAUGUUAUAAGUAUAAUUCUGCGGUACUAAGAAAUGGUCUGGAUUGUGAAACGUGCCAAUGCUAUAUUAGUGAUCACUGUCCAGUUUACGCUGAUGUUUGUAUAAAAGAAAAAAAAGAUAAGGAAUAAAAAGAAUUCCAGAAAAGGGAAAGUUGACGAAGAUCAAUCUCACCUGUUAUAACUUCUUUUGCCCAUUUUAGA